GCCAGAGACAGAAAAUGGAUUUGUGUUUAUUAACCAGUGUAGUCUGAGCAGAGCAGAAAAAACAGCAGUCCUGGGAAUGGGAGUCAACAAAGGAGACGCAGAUGGAGCAGGAGGACAAAGAUUCCUACAUUAUGUACGACAGCUCAAAUGAAAAUCCCUGGGAUCUGGCAGAGCAACAUGUAUCUGAUUCUGCUGAUCAGUGGGAUCCUGCUUUUUCCAAAAGGAAAAGUAUUUACAUACUUUAACAGAGAGGGUAUACUUCAGUUGCAAGGAACAGUCAAGACUCAAGAAACCAUCUUUAAAGGCUGUGCUUCACUUGAACAGUGUGCUGAGGGUUCAUUCAGUGUUGACCAUACCAGAUUCGUAAUCAACAGGCUGUGUUGCGGUGCUGACCUCUGCAAUGACAUACCUACUCCAGGACCUGAUGCACCCAUUCCCAAUGGUAAAAAAUGCAUCACUUGUAAUGGAACUGCUGACUGCACUGACAGUUUGGACUGUGUUAACAAUGAAGACCACUGCUUCUCUAAAACAGUGAAUCAAGGUAGUCAGCUGAUUUACUUCAAGGGAUGUGCCAGCAAGGAUGUUUGUUGAAAGCAGUAAGCUCACUACUGCCAGAAAACAUUGGAGAAGAUGUGGACUGUUGUCAGGGUGACGAGUGCAACAGUUUUAUGCUAGAUACCACCACAAGAGCCAGCACAAGUGAAACAAGACAAACCAGCACCAGUACCAGAAGCACAUCCAGUGGUCUGCUCACAGUUGUGACUCUGGUCUCUUUGGUCUUUCUCUCAUAACAAAACCAUCACUGUUCAUUUUUACCACUGUUUUUCUUCUCUCUGUCUCUUCCAUGUGGGUUAGUCCAUGUGAAACCACCAGAGGCUUUCUGAAUGACCACCUGUCAUUUUAAUGGUAUCAGUAAACAGUACACAUAAGGUUGGGUUUAUAUGUUCAUGACUUUUUGAGAAUUUGGGGGCUUUGAAAAUGGAGUGUGACACUGAUUUACUACAAAACCAAGUAGACGUUCAGUAAGUCAUUAUUUAUGAACCUUUCAUGAAAGAUGCAUGAAAUUUUGAUGAUUUGUUCCAAGGUAUGGUGUAUAUGUAACUAUUUCUGUAAAACAUUCUCUUAAAUCAGCAAUAAGGACUGUUCAUAAAGUUCAGCUCUUGGAACAUACAAAUCCACUUUUUAGACAAUCAAAAGUACUGAAAUUCACUGACAUCGUAUCUUACCAAACAACAAUAAUCAUGCACAAAGGCAAAAAACACACAAUUACCAGAAAAUAUCCAAAACAAUUUUAGAAAUCAGGAGGGAGGUUAUAAAUUAAGAGGGGAACAUAACUUCAAAAUCAAAAACAGGACAGUGACCUUGAAAAGUUUUUGUUUAUCUAUUUCUGGAACUUCAGGAACUCAAGCAAAGUCCAAAUAUUAACCAGUUUAAGAAAAUGUACAAACAUAUUUGGUUUAGCAGUUACAGUUGAUAACUAUCAUUACUGACUGUUGUCUUUGAUUCACUGAUAUGACAAAGGGAUUCUCAAUUAGGGGGAACUCAAUUAGUAACAAUCAGGAAGCUUGUACCAUUUGCCGUAUUUCGGAAUAAAUCAAUAAAAUAAAAAUCUGGCAUUUUAAGGAGGAUGUAUUCAUGUUCGUAUCUGCUCAUUUUCAUAUUUGCUUGCUCUAAACAUAAGAUGCAAUUCAAUUACAAACGUAAGAUGCAAAAUAGAAAUAUGACAUUUGAGGCAGAAUGACAUAUACAGCAGAAAUGUUUUGAUGUAUUUGAGAAAAAGUAAAAUAAACUUCCUCAUUGUCAC